AUGAAGCUCGGCCGAAUUCUGACCGGACUUGCGUUGGGUGUGCUGCCUGCGCAAGCCCUGGCGCGCGCUUUGGGUGGGAAGCCUAGCGACUUCAUCCUUGCGGAACGUGCACCACUUCAGGAUAUUGUCACUUGGGAUGAGCAUUCACUCUUUGUGCAUGGAGAGCGCAUCAUCUUCUGGGGUGGUGAGUUUCAUCCCUUCAGACUCCCGGUACCGAGUCUUUGGCUUGACGUCUUCCAGAAGAUCAAAGCUCUUGGUUAUAACGGAGUGUCCUUUUAUACACCUUGGGUCCUUCACGAGCCCAAGCGAGGAUCGUUCCAAGCUGAGGGUGUCUUCGACUACAGUCCCUUCUUCGAAGCAGCGAAACACGUUGGUGUGUACCUUGUGGCACGACCCGGACCGUACAUCAAUGCUGAGGUAUCCGGUGGAGGAUUCCCCGGCUGGCUCCAGAGAAUCUCUGGAAACUUGCGAACGCCGGAUGCAGACUACCAACAAGCUUCGAAGAACUACAUCGAGAAAAUCACGCCGAUCAUCGCAAAAGCACAGAUCACGAAUGGCGGGCCUGUCAUCCUCUUUCAGCCCGAGAAUGAGUAUAGUGCAGGUUUGAACAAUGUCACAUUCCCAGAUGCCGACUAUAUGAAUCACCUGAUGAAGCAGUUCCGAGACUUAGGCAUCAAUGUCCCACUAAUCAAUAACGUGGCAUGGCCAAGUGGUAUCAAUGCGCCAGGUACAGAUGCGCCAGUCGACAUAUACGGCCACGAUGCUUACCCACUGGGCAUGAACUGUACUGACCCUACCUACUGGAUUGAUGAUGCGUUGCCGGCCAAUUGGCGUGAGACGCACCUCGAGCAGAGCCCAACCACGCCAUACAUGCUUGUCGAGUUCCAAGGCGGGGCGUACCAGCCAUGGGGUGGUGAUGGUUUCGAGAAGUGCGCAGAGUUCACCAAUCAUGAAUUCGAACGCGUGUUCUAUAAGAACAACAUCGCUGCCGGCGCGACAAUAUUCAAUGUGUACAUGACGUUCGGUGGCACCAAUUGGGGCAAUCUGGCUGGGGCAGGCAACUAUAUCUCCUAUGAUUACGGAGCGGUAAUCACCGAAGAGCGUCAAGUGCAUCGCGAAAAGUACAGCGAAGCGAAGCUGAUUGCGAACUUUGUGCACGCAUCGCCGGCUCUGGCCAGUGCCGUACCGGCUUACAACACUACUGGGCAGUAUACUGACAGCAAAGCCAUUACUACCACGCCCCUCUUUGGCAACACAACAAAUUUCUACGUUACACGUCAAACCAAGUACAAUAGCCUCGCAUCAACUCCGUAUAAGCUCAAAGUUCAGACAAGCGCAGGCAAUCUUACUCUCCCACAGCUCGGCGGGCAGCUCUCCAUCAAUGGUCGCGACAGCAAGAUUCAUGUUACCGACUACGAUGUUGGCGGCUUCAAUCUGCUGUACUCAACGGCCGAGAUCUUCACUUGGAAGAAGUACGGCAGCAGAAGCGUUGUAGUCGUGUAUGGAGGUCCCAACGAACAACACGAGCUUGCUGUGUCCAAUACAAGUGGCGCAACGGCUGUUGAAGGCUCAGGAACGAAGUUCGCCAACCGCAAUGGUAACACUAUUCUCAACUGGCAAACUGACUCUAAGCGUCGCGUGGUACGAGUUGGCCCAAAUCUCUACAUCGUUAUCGUCUCACGAAAUGAGGCAUACAAUUAUUGGACCGUCAGUACUUUGCCUGCAGGCAGCGCCUACUCGCACGAUUACACCUCAUCUUCCGAUCUCAUCGUCCAUGCCGGGUACCUGGUUCGCAGCGCCUCCGUUUCGAAUGGCAGAAUUGAUCUCACUGGCGACAUCAACACUACUACCACUAUCGAAGUAAUCGGCGGCGCGCACGAAAAUGUCAAGAGCUUGUCGUGGAACGGUAAAGAUUUGAACACGAAACUUGAUCGCAAUGGGUUCCUCAGCGGUAGUGUCUCAUUUUCGGUACCAAAUAUAAAGCUUCCAGACCUCAACGACCUGACGUGGAAGUCCAUCGAUGCGCUGCCCGAGCUGCAACCCGACUACGACGACUCUGCGUGGACAGACGCAGACCACACCGAGACGAACAACACAUACUGGAACCUCACAACUCCAACUGUGCUCUGGGGCGCGGAGUACGGGUAUAACACAGGUUCGCUGAUCUUCCGGGGUCACUUCGCCGCUUCAGGAAACGAGACCGUGCUCCACCUGAACGUGUCUGGCGGAUCAGCAUUCGCGUUUUCCGCGUGGGUCAACUCUACCUUCCUCUCAUCUUGGACUGGUACCGGUGAUGCAUCAAUCGCGAACCAAACACUGUUCCUUCCACGCCUGCAGCACGGGUCCAACUGUGUCCUCACCAUACUCGUGGACCACAUGGGCCACAACGGAAAUUGGUUUGCAGGCUAUAACGAAAUGAAAACACCGCGCGGCAUUCUAGGGUAUGACUUCCCCAGUCACACGCCACAGUUAUCGAACUCCUCGCGCUCAGAUGACGGCAUCCGCUGGAAGAUCACUGGCAAUCUGGGCGGCGAGGACUACCACGGUGGCCCACGCGGAUCGUUGAACGAAGGCGCUUUGUAUCCCGAGCGCAACGGCUUUCACCUUCCUUCGGCACCAACAGAGUCUUGGGCCAGUGGCAUUAACCCUGCCUCCGGGCUUAGUAAACCGGGUGUAAGGUUCUAUCAGACGACGUUUAAGCUUGAUAUCCCGAGGGGCUGGGACGUGCCGCUGUCGUUCCUAUUCAAUGGCGAUGAGUUCACGGGCAAGGGGCGUGGAUGGCGGGCGCAAUUGUGGGUCAAUGGGUAUCAGUUUGGCAAAUUUGCGAAUGGAAUUGGGCCACAGAAGAGGUUCCCUGUGCCGGAAGGGAUAUUCAACUAUCGUGGCGAAAACACGGUAGCGAUCAGUAUUUGGGCAUUGGAAGAGGGUGGUGCGAGGCCAAAGAGUAUCGAGCUGAUCGCCGGUAUGGCUGUACAGUCUGGGUAUGGCGACAUCGCGCUCUCGCCGAUGACAGGCUGGAAAAAGCGCGAAGGCGCAUAUUGA